UUACUUCAAUAAGAAAGAACGGGCGCAAGAAAAAAAUGGUGUAAUUUGAUUAAGGCAUGGCCUUAUCUUCUUCUUCCUUGUUUUCAACUCUGAACACCACAUCUUCACUACCCCAUUUCCAUGCUCCAAAACUUUCUUCUUCUUCUCACUUCCCAACUAAACCCUCCACAACUCACCUCCCUCUCUCUCACAAAUGGAGAGCAAAGGUUUCAUUUUUCCCUUCUUUCUUGAAGAAACGGAAAGACGCAAAGAUCAUCAAGGAAGAACUCCUUCAGGCCAUUGAACCGCUUGAUCGAGGGGCUGAUGCCACUCUCCAAGAUCAGGAAACAGUUGAUCAGAUUGCUAGCGAGCUUGAGGCAGUUAGUCCAAUAAAGGAGCCCCUAAAAUCUAAUCUACUGGGUGGAAAGUGGGAGCUUAUAUACACCACAUCGCAGUCAAUUUUGCAAACCAAGAGACCAAAGUUUUUUAGAUCAGUUGCAAAUUAUCAAGCAAUCAAUGUGGAUACUCUAAGGGCCCAAAAUAUGGAAUCUUGGCCAUUCUUCAACCAGGUAACAGCGGAUUUAACACCUCUAAAUCCAAGGAAAGUGGCUGUAAAAUUUGAUACUUUCAAAAUUGGAGGCAUUAUACCUAUCAAAGCGCCCGGAAGAGCUCGUGGGGAACUAGAAAUAACAUAUUUGGAUGAAGAACUGCGGGUAUCAAGAGGCGAUAAAGGGAACUUGUUCAUCUUGAAAAUGGUGGAUCCAUCUUACAGAGUUCCUGUAUAAUGGUUAUGCCAGCAUUGCAGUGCAGCACUUGUGUUCAAACAUUUUCUGUACAAAGAGAUAAGAGCAAGUAGUAUGAGUAUAAUCUUAAGCUCUAAAUGAGAUCUACUGUUUCACCCCUUGAAAUUUGUAAUAUUGUACUAUAUGGGAAAAUGUAUGAUUCAAAAGAAGUGGUUAACUAUGUUUAUGGAUUUAAACCCUCCAAAAAAGGUUGAAGUAAAAAGGUUGGUCACCAAAAUAAAAAAAUCAACCAUUAAUAUCUCAAUA